CUGCCUCUUGUUUGUUUCCCCCCACCGCGGUGAGCUAGUUUUUCCGUAACUACAAGGAGGCACCAUGUCUGUGGCCGGGCUAAAGAAGCAGUUCUACAAAGCCAGCCAGAUGGUCAGCGAGAAGGUUGGAGGAGCCGAGGGCACCAAGCUAGAUGAAGACUUCAAAGAAAUGGAAAAGAAAGUGGAUCUCACCAGCAAGGCUGUUACAGAAGUCUUGGCUAGGACUACGGAAUACCUCCAACCCAAUCCUGCAUCCCGGGCCAAGCUGACCAUGCUAAACACCGUGUCCAAGAUCCGAGGGCAAGUGAAGAACCCAGGAUACCCGCAGUCGGAAGGCCUUCUCGGAGAGUCCAUGAUCCGUUACGGCAAGGAGCUGGGCGAAGACUCCAAUUUCGGCGACGCGCUGCUCGACGCUGGCGAGUCCAUGAAGCGCUUGGCCGAGGUUAAGGACUCUCUGGACAUUGAAGUCAAGCAGAAUUUCAUCGACCCCCUUCAGAACUUGUGCGACAAGGACUUGAAAGAGAUUCAGCACCAUCUGAAGAAGCUGGAAGGCCGGCGCUUAGACUUUGACUACAAAAAGAAGCGGCAGGGGAAGAUCCCGGACGAGGAGCUGCGGCAAGCGCUGGAGAAGUUCGAGGAGUCCAAGGAAGUGGCGGAGACGAGCAUGCACAACCUCCUGGAGACAGACAUUGAGCAAGUCAGCCAGCUGUCAGCGCUUGUGGACGCCCAGCUGGAUUAUCACAGGCAAGCGGUGCAGAUCCUCGACGAGCUCGCAGACAAACUCAAACGCAGAGUGAGGGACACUUCCUCGCGCCCCAAGCGGGAAUACAAGCCGAAACCGAGGGAGUCCUACGAGUUUGGAGAGAGCGACCAAUCCAACGGAGGCUUUUCCUGCAACCCCGCCCCCAAAGUCUCAGCUUCCUCCUCUUUCCGAUCCGAAAAACCAUCGCGGACCCCCAGCAGGAUUUUUUCUGCUCCUUUGGACCAGCCGUGUUGCAAGGCGCUGUACGACUUCGAGCCGGAGAACGACGGCGAGCUGGGCUUCAAGGAAGGCGACAUCAUCACCCUGACCAACCAGAUCGACGAGAACUGGUACGAGGGCAUGAUCAACGGCCAGUCGGGGUUCUUCCCCCUCAACUACGUGGAAGUUUUGGUCCCGCUACCUCAGUGAAAGGCGACACACACACACACACACACACGACCCCGCUCUC